CUCUCGGACACGGACCUCCAAGUGGUCUGCGAAGUGCUCAACGCGCUCUUUGAUAUCUACAGCGACGAGCAGUACGACGAGGUGUUUUUCCGCCUCAACUUUCUCGCGUCGCUCGAGCACGUGAGCGCGGGCAUGAAGGCCAAGAUCAAGGCCGAGGCCAAGACGCUGGACCGCGACCUUGUCGGCCACGCGAAGGAGACGCGCCUCAACCUCCUCCGCUUCAUCAAGUACAAGAAGCAGCACCGCUAA